AUGCACGAGGAAAACUUCAGCCUCGACUUGUGGUUUUCGCUACUACCCAGGAACUGGCCGCAGUAUCAUCAGCAAUUCGUCAUGGUGGACUCGAAGAGGAAACUCUACUGCUCGGUGUUGGAUGUCAAGACACCCGUGGCCAAAGACCUCAAGUGUGGCCACUGGUAUCAUCUAGUUCUGACCUAUAAACUCGAACGUCAAAAGCAGGACGUGUAUCUGAACGGGGAGAACGUGUGGUCCACGACGGGAACUCUACAUCGGGAGUGGCAGCACCUACUUCACGAACAGGUCGGGACGGGAUACAUCACAUCAGGUGGGGGAGACUACUCUCACGGAGACUUCGUAGGCUGGUAUGGCUUCCACGGACUACUGGACGAGUUCCGGUUCUACAGUGGCGUGCUUCCUCUAAACGAGGUGCAGCAUCUAGCUCGAGGCGGAGAGCUGCCUCCCAAAAGGUUAAGCGGGACACUGAAGUAUCCAGGGCUGCGAGGACCGCAGUCUCGCAUCAACGUGGACCUGGUGGCCUGUACUCGACCGGCGGAGGGCCGGCCAGUCGAAAUCGUCGCCAUCGAAAAGAAGGCGUCAUUUCCGCCGCGGAGGCCAUGUCGCCCAACUCGAACGCUGUUUGCGUGA